AACCUCGAACUACUACCACUAUCUACUCCUCCUCUCUUCUUCUUUUCCUCCUCCUACCUCUCUUCCGCUUUAGCGACUCGGCUUCGCUAUGUUAAUAGAAUGCCUUGGUGUUAACAACUUGUACUUUUUUGGGUGUAUCAAACCUUGGGAUGGUGUUUUGUGCGCAUUUGCUUUGCGUUCACGGUUGGGUUCCUUUUCCUCAUUUCUGGGUUCUUGGAGUGUGGGUCAUAAAAGAGUUGCGUUCGGGCUGCUGCAUCUUUUUCUUUUCUUCUGUAGUGCGGCGGUACGGUUGAUUUCAUUCGUUUCCUUUGUUACCGGGGAUUAUUAUAUCUUAGUCUUCUUUGGGAGUUUAUGUCUUGGGAGGGGACUGGAUAACAAUUGGUGUCUUGAUCGUUCUUUGUUUUACCCGAGUGCGUUUGAUGACUUUUUAUUCUGGUGGUGUUUUUUUGCUGGGGUGGAUUAUUGUAGUUUGCUUGCUCUCUCUUUCUCUUUUGUUAUGGAUUUUCUACUCUGUUUUACUUACUGCUUUGCUGCAAGGUGCAAAAGGAGCUGGCUGGUGCAAUGAAUAGCGACUGAUCUCUCGAUACUUUAUCUUUGGAUGGUUCUUUUUUAGUUGAAACUUGGAACUUGGGGCGGUGUUGUUUUUUUGUCUUUUGGGGGGGAAGGGGUGGUGUUUGUGUACUCUACUACUACUACUACUACUACUACUACUACUACUACUACUACUAUUAUGUGUUUGCUUUGAUACAACUUCAUAUCUGAUUCCUUCCUGGUGGGCAGUGUGUAUAACUUGGACCAUGGUUGAUCUACAUUCUCGUCGAUACCUACCGUACUCUGCCCUCAUGGAUACCCUGGUGCUGUAUCUAGGUAGAGUACUGCUGGCAAGUUGCAAUGGGUGAGGAUCCUAUGUCUAU